GCAUCAUCGUCCUUGUGUAACGUGGUUUGCCGCAGAGCUUCGUCCUUUCCAGUCGUCAACAAUCAUCGAAUAACGAGAUCGAAUAAAUUCGAAUUUGAGGAAACCGUUGAAAGUUUAGUGGAAUUAUCUGAAAAUUCUGAAGAAAACAAAGAUGAGUCGCUGAUUACUGGAGCCAUAGCUCAGAUAACACUUGAAACUGUAGUUAUAAAGAAGUCUAAAAAUAAAUCUGUUCGUUUUGCCGAUGAUUGCGGAGGCACACUAUAUAUUAUUAAACAGAUGACUGAACCAUCAGAUUUUCCACCGAAGAUCAAUCCAAAAAUCUUGCGCCGAUAUCGUGGGCUUCCUGAGAAUGAUGAAAACGAUUCAAAGUUACCCGCUACAUGGACUCCAACUUUUACUCAGCCGGCCAGCGAUUAUGUAAUUUUCCGUGAGAAAGUUACAAAAGACAAUAUUGCUUUGGAAAAUGUUCGAUUGAAGAAUGAAGAACAUCGAUUAGCUGGCACCAUUAAAGUCAAAAAUAUAGCAUUUGAAAAACGCGUAUUUAUUCGAGUUACAACAAAUGAAUGGCAAAGUUACACUGAUCAUGAAGCUAAAUAUAUGUCGUCGUCUUCACGCCUCAUUGACACAUUCGGUUUUGAAUUCGAAAUUCCAUCUGAUCAAGAAAUGGACAAUGCACAUAUCGAAUUUUGUGUUUGUUUCGAACAAUACUGGGAUUCUAAUGGUCGGAAGAAUUAUUCUCUUAAAAGUGAGGAACGAGCUGAAGAGGAACGGCGCGGAAUUUUCAAACAUGCAGGACCUUAUGGUAACAUAGAAAAUGAUGCAUAUUUAACUCAAAUGGAUAACUGGUCACGCUUCGCCAGUUGGAAGCUUUACGAUCUUGAUCAGCCUUAUUAUUAG